GUCCAAUUCGGGAUCUCUUCCCUCUCGGCGCGCCCGGCGCAUGGCCCGCGCGCCGCCGGGCGUCGCGAUGGGCGCGGCGGAGCGCCGCGCGCGGAACUGGGCGGAGCUGGCGCGGAGCGCGCGGGAAAGCCAAGACCUGGCGGAGGAGGAGGAGUUCUGGCGCCGCGUGCGGCGGCGCAAAGCUGCCUGCGCUGCCACCGCUUCCGCCGCGAGUUCGGAAGCUGUGAAGGGCCGGGCGGUGCCGUGUGAGCCUACGGCGCCUUCCGACGGCCGCCUGUCAGACCCCGUGGCUUCGGACGCCCGCGCCCGCGUGGACCUCAGCGCCGCCGGCCGCCUGGUGCGGCGCUUGGCGCGACCGGCGGCGGCGGCGCCGGAGGCGGAGGCGGCGGAGGACCUGCCCAUAGCCAUACAGCGGCACUACGAGGUCCUGGGCUUGCCACCGGGCAGUGCGACAUCGGAGGCCCAGCGCGCCCUACUGCGCCGGCAGCAGGCGGAGUCGGCGGAGUCGACGGCGAGUUCCAAGGCGGCACACGCGGCCUACGAGGCGAUCUGCGAGCAUUUGGGUGAGCGGCCCUGGUCGCGCAUGCCGCCCCCCCGCUCCACGAUGAGCACUCCGAUCCGCGGCAGGGGACGGGAUCUCGCGGAAAGCGUGGUGGCCAACACGCAGCACCUGGAUCGCCUCAUCGCAGAAGGUGGGCCACAGGGUGGCGAAAAAGGCUUCGCCCAGAGGACCACGGCUGCCACCGCGAUGAACGACGCCUCCUCGCGAUCUCACUGUGUCUUUACAAUCUGCUUGCACUACCAGGCUCCAUGGAGCUCCUGCUUUUAUGGCCUGGCUUGCCUGGUGGGCACGGAGCGCUUCAGCCCGUCCAGGAAAGAGGACCACCUGGGCCUGCUGCCGGCGCCGGAGGUGAUCUUCGGAGUCUUGGACUUUUUGCCGCCCUCUGCGCUCGCAGCUCUGGCCAGCUCUAGCUCCACCUGCCGGCGGGCUUCAGACUCUGAGGAGGUCUGGCGUAGGACCUGCCUUCGGACCUGGGCCACGAAGCAGCACUCCGCAAGGAUCAGGAGCUGGUUAUCCGAGCCAAAGCCUGGCAGAGGCGACCCAGAGGAGAGCUGGAAGGCGCGCUAUGUGCUCGCCUUGAAGGAUCGACAUCGUUGCCGCAUUCUGCCGGAGGAGCUGUGCUGGGAUGCAGCUCGGGACGGCGAGUCCGGUCGACCCUUGCCUCGCCGAUGGCAUUUGAAGAUGCAUUUGGGCCGCUGGGUGGACAAGGAGGUGAUCUUCAGCCCGGGCGGAGGCUCGCUGGCGGACUUCGACUUUCGGGUGCUGAACUUCCGGGUCUUUCAAGAGCUCCCCUGGCGGCCCCCAGGCGAGGAGCAGGAUGAUCUGGACUUGGGUGAUGGGGUAGAGGACGCUGAUGAGGAGUCCCAGGGCAGCUUGCCUUCGGAGAGCGAGGUCUCCGGCCAGGACUCUCAUGUCCCGGACCACGACCUCGACAGCGACACUCCCCGCAGCGAGGAAGGGGAGAGCCGCAUCGAGGAGACCGAGCGCAGCGAGCGGAGCGAGCGGAUGGAGCGGAUGGAGCGGGUGCCGGUGCCGGUGCUGUCCACGCCCAUGAUGGACAUGGACGCCUUGAGCUACCGCUCCCGGGACCGCCCGCUCCUGCGCCACACCUUGGCGGCGCUCGGGGGCCGCGGCUCCGUCCCCGGCCCAGAGGCCGCGGCCAUCCUCGACGGCCGGCGGAGGGAGCUGCCGCGGCCAAGAUUCCUUCGGACGUUGCGGCCCCCGCCGCCCCCGCUGCUGCACUUUGGGCGGCGCUUCGCCGACGGACCGUUCCUCAUGCCCCUGCCGCUGCCUUUGGCCGCGGUGCCCUUGCCGACUCCCCCGGUGCCCCGGCGCCGGCCCCGCAGCUCCGGCUGCGAGCUCAUGGAGGUGCCAUCGCUGCCCUUCCUGCUGCGCGUGGGCCGAACCCCGGACUGGGGCUGGAGCCUGACGCCGGUCUCGGAGGGGCCUGAGGUGCCGGUCGGGAACGGCCGGAAGCCCCGGAUGGAGACAGCUCCACUCCUCGCCGAGAGUUGCUUCGUGCCUUUGGAGUCGGAGCUUCGCAGUGACACGGAGCUCCAGCAUUGCAUUGACGCGGAGGUGGACAGCCCAGGCGAAGAGAAGCGGGACUGGGACAUCCUCCAGGAGUUCGAGCUGGACUGGACCCAAGCGUCCGAGGACCCCUCACCGCCCUCCACGCCGAAGAAGACGAAGUCGGCGAAGAGCCCAAGGAGCUGUGAGAAGUUCUUGGAAGCUGGACAUGAUGUGGAGGAGCAAGGGGAGUUGCAGAGCAAGACCCACCUGUCCUUCGACAUCGCGCAUAGCCCGACGCCGGGCUAUUCGCCAGCGCAGGUGGACCUGAGCCUUGACCAGGAGUUGGAGGGUCGCAUCGCCGUGCACCUGGGACGGCCGAUGGCUCUGUCUGCGGUCGGGGCGAUGGCGUCGGAGGGCGGUGCUCAGCUGAAGGAACUUGGGGACACCCUGCGCUUCUGUGCGGAUGCGAGCCGAGAGGAGCUUGCAGAUGGGGUUCUGGCUGGAGAGUUUGCAGAGGCAGAAUCAGAGGCAGCAGCGGCGGACGCAGCGGAAGAGGAAGCAGAGGAGACAGAGGAUUGCGCGCCCGAGGGCGCUGGGGAAAAGAUUUGUUCGACUGACUCGCCAGAAGCUUCCGCAGCAUGCCCCGUUGUUUCAGAUGGUGAUAGAGCACGCUCCCAAGCCAGCGUUGGCAUUGCAGAGGAUCUCGGUAUGACGAUUGCCAGCCAGCGGUGUUCCCACGGCAAGCAGCAGACAAGCAGAGCGACAGCAGCCACCAGCUGUUCGAGCAACUUGUGGAGACUGAGGAUGCCUGUGAGGAAGACGGAGGGGAGCACAACCAGUCACUUGGCAGAGCGACAGCAGCCACAAGCUGUUCGAGCAACUUGUGGAGACUGA